AUGGACGUGGAGGCGGACCACGAGGCGUACGCGGACAUGGCGACCGUCUCGGCCGUGCACGCGUUCAACGACUUCGUCGGCGGCGGGGCCACAAAAAGGCCCUACCGGUCGCUCAAGUGCUGCUUCCGCUGCUGCGUGCUCUACUGGCUCGAGUCGACGCGCCUCGGGGCCAACAUCCGCUUCCACGCGAAGCGCGAGAAGACGGUGCUCGACGAGGUCAGGGGCAAGCACGACACUGUGUACAACAAGGCGAACCCCGACGACGGCGACUACGGCCUCGACCCCCUCCUGAACCUGCUCGCGCACCCCCACGCCUUCGCGGCGAUCAGCGACGUCCACGUGCACCCGCGCAAGGGCUGCUCCACGGCCGGCGACCUGACAUCGCUGAACCCGAUGAUCGCGUCGCUCUACCACUAUCUCCCGGAGAAGGUCAUCACGCCCGAGGCCAUCUUCGACGACGUCUGGCGCAAGAACCCCCACUUCGGCCCCUGCGUGCGGGCGCUGCGGGAGGAGCUCUACGGGAACGGCGGCUUCACGAAGCAGGGCGACCCCGUGCGGCACCCGACGGGCAAGUCCGUCGUCGUCGACUUCUUCGACCCGGGCAAGUGGCGGCCCAAGCCCGCGCUCCUGUCCUAUCUGGCGCUGGGCACGGCGAACAACGUCGCGAACCUGCCGAAGCACAAGCCGGCCUACGGGCGCAUCCGCGAGCGCGUCAUCGGCGUCCGCGGC